AAACUAAUAACUUCUGCUUUUGCUUGAACGAGGAAGAAGAAUAAGAAGACGAAGAUGUGUGGGAUAUGGUCGUUACCGCAAGAAGUGGCUAUGAAGUGCUUGGCUCAGGUAUCGAGAGUAGACCUCGCGGCUUUGGCUAUGGCCUCCAAGGAACACCGAUCUCUCAUCGUUUCCCUUGAUUUCCGGCUAUUGAGAUUCCAGAUGCGUUGUCUCGAGUCAAACAUCUACCUGUGGUUGCACAUCUUACCAGAACCGACCCCACGCUGGUUUAUCCUCAACCCCGUGCACCGUCGUCUGAAACCCAUCCAUCUAAAAUCCGACAAGGCUCCUCCGGAAUCAUCGUCCGCUUUCGUGUUGAGGUGUUUUGGGGUGUUUGUUGUCGGUGGACUCGUAAACGGCAAACCCACUUCGGAUGUCUCCUUCUUCGAUUGUUUCGAUAACACUUGGCAGUCUCUUCCGCCCAUGAAGAUGCCUCGUGCUUCAGCGUCGGCAAACAUUAUAGACCAGAAGAUGUACGUGCUUGGAGGGUGCGGGGAUGACGCUGAUUCCUCGAACUGGGCAGAAGUGUUCGAUCUAGACACCGAAACCUGGGAGUUCUUGUCUGUAACUAGUCCGAGGAAGAUGCCCCUCAGUAUCCGACAAAGCAUGUUGAUGUUACAAAAGAAUGAGGUUUACGCGGUGGAUGAGGAUGGUCAAAGCUUCUCCUUCUCACCAAGUGAUAACAGUAUAUCAAACGGAGUAGCAGAUUCUAAGCCAGGGUACCGAAGCGAUUGGUGUUGGAUUGGGGGAUUCUUGUUCUGUGGUAGUUCCCGUGGGAAAAUACUGUGGUGUUCCCCGUAUGAGUUGAAUUGGAAGGAAGUGAAGGGUUUGGAUGAGCUGUCCGAAUAUGAUAUCAGCAAACUCUGCAGAAAGUCUGAUAAGAACAAGAACAUUGUCGUCUUCUGGAACUCUAGCUCUCUAGGCUCUGAGCCUUUGGAGAUUUGGUCUGCCGAGAUUUCCCUGGAGUUACGCCACCCACACGAGCUUUGGGGGAAGAUUGAGUGGUCUGGUUCUGUCUUCACACUUGAUCCUCUCUCGCACUCAUACGGUGGCAUUAAGCUCUUGUAUGCUGUGUCUAUCCGUGCCUGAAAUUCCUCAGUCCUUGUUUAAAAACUAAUCUAUUCAUUUAAUCGCUUUAUUUAUUUGCUGUCUAAUGUUUUUAUAUAAUUUGCAAUCCACUCACAAAGCGCUUUUUAUUUUGUCGAAUUUUCGUAAUCUCA